CCUCCUGUCACAGGAGGCCGCCUCUGUCCUCAGAAGACACCCCAGGACCACAGUGUGGAGGGGGAAGCUGCCCAACUCCCUUUCCCAGCUCUUCCGCGGCGCACCCCUGGGAGCACAACUUCCUCAGCGGCAGCACCAAAGGGAGUGCAGCAGGCGCUGAGAUGAAACCAGCCGGGCUACCGUGCGGAGCUGGGUCCCACCCGGCGCCGCCCUUUCAGGCUGCCACCGCGGAAUCUUAGCCAGCUCGCACCGCCCCGGCGCUCCGCCCUCCGGCCCGCCCUGGUUCCAUCUUGCGGAAGAGGCGGCUAGGCUGUGACGCUGCUCCGGGCUCAGAAUGUCAUACCCAGGCUAUCCCCCCACAGGCUACCCACCUUUCCCUGGAUAUCCUCCUGCGGGUCAGGAGUCAUCUUUCCCCUCUCCAGGCCAGUAUCCUUAUCCCAGUGGCUUUCCUCCAAUGGGAGGAGGUGCUUACCCACCAGCAACAAGUGGUGGCUACCCUGGAGCUGGAGGCUACCCUGCACCUGGAGGUUAUCCAGCCCCUGGGGGCUAUCCUGGUGCCCCACAGCCAGGAGGAGCGCCUGCCUAUCCCGGAAGCCAAGGAUUUGGUGCCCCACCUGGUGGAGCAGGCUUUUCUGGCUAUCCACAGCCACCUUCACAGUCUUAUGGUGGUGGGCCAGCCCAGGUUCCAGUACCAGGUGGCUUUCCUGGAGGACAGAUGCCUUCUCAGUACUCUGGAGGACAAGUUCCUUACCCCAGCCAGAUCAAUACAGAAUCCUUUUCUUCCUGUCCUGCUUUCUCUCCUGUCUCUUUGGAUUAUAGCAAUGAACCCUCAGCCAUGACUCAGGGCACUCAAGGGACAGUCCAGCCAGCUGCCAACUUUGAUGCUUUGAGAGAUGCAGAAAUUCUCCGUAAAGCAAUGAAGGGAUUUGGGACAGACGAGCAGGCGAUUGUGGAUGUAGUAUCCAACCGUUCCAAUGAUCAGAGGCAACAAAUUAAAGCAGCUUUUAAGACCAUGUAUGGCAAGGAUUUAAUUAAAGAUCUCAAGUCAGAGUUGAGUGGAAAUAUGGAAGAAUUGAUCCUCGCCCUGUUCAUGCCUUCAACAUACUAUGAUGCCUGGAGUUUGCGAAAAGCAAUGCAGGGAGCAGGAACUCAGGAGUGUGUGUUGAUAGAGAUUUUGUGCACAAGAACAAAUCAAGAAAUUCGAGAAAUUGUCCGAUGUUAUCAAUCAGAAUUUGGUCGAGACCUUGAAAAGGACAUCAGGUCAGAUACCUCAGGGCAUUUUGAACGUCUACUUGUAUCCAUGUGCCAGGGAAACCGGGAUGAGAACCAGAGUGUCAACCACCAGAUGGCUCAGGAAGAUGCUCAGCGUCUCUAUCAAGCUGGUGAAGGCAGACUAGGGACAGAUGAAUCCUGCUUUAACAUGGUUCUUGCCACAAGGAGUUUUCCUCAGCUGAAAGCCAUGAUGGAGGCCUAUUCCAGGAUGGCUAAUCGAGAUUUGUUAAGCAGUGUGAGCCGAGAGUUUUCCGGAUAUGUUGAAAGUGGUUUGAAGGCCAUCUUGCAGUGUGCCCUAAACCGCCCUGCCUUCUUCGCUGAGCGACUCUAUUACUCCAUGAAAGGCGCUGGCACAGAUGACUCCACCCUGGUCAGGAUUGUGGUCACUCGAAGUGAGAUUGACCUUGUACAAAUAAAGCAGAUGUUCACACAGAUGUAUCAGAAGACACUGAGCACAAUGAUUGCAAGUGACACAAGCGGAGAUUACAGAAAGCUGCUUCUGGCCAUUGUGGGCCAGUGAGAGGGAGGGUUACAUUGUAUUUAAUGAAUGAAGCUACUCAAAGCAAUGGGACCUGCAUGCAGCAAUAUCAAACAUCAACUAACCAGAGCAGCUUUCCACUCAGGACUGGGGUCAGGGUAAUGUGCUGGUUUGCACAUGUUGUUGUUGCCUUAAUUCUGAUACUAGUUUUUCUUUGGUGUCCAGUGUAAAAGCCACAUAAAUGAUGUAAUAAUUUUGCAAUAUUUGUAAAGCUUCAUUCUGCCUUUAUUUUAAUCCAGAUUUCAAGUUGAAUAAAAAUCAUAGUAAUCUCUAA